GGCUCCGGCGGGCGCUGCGCUGCCCCCGCCCCGCCGGGCUGGAUAUGUGGAUGCUCACGUGAAGAUGGAUGUAGCGAUCGGGCUGCUGGGGCUGCUGACGGUUCUGCUGGAGGGCAGCUCCGGCCAAGGGGUGUACGCACCCCCCACGGUGCGGAUCGUGCACUCGGGCCUGGCCUGCAACAUCGAGGAGGAGCGCUACUCGGAGCGCGUCUACACCAUCCGCGAGGGAGAGACCCUGGAGCUCACCUGCCUGGUCACCGGCCACCCCCGGCCACAGAUCAGGUGGACCAAAACAGCAGGAAGUGCCUCUGACAGAUUCCAAGAUUCCAGUGUCUUCAACGAAACCCUGAGGAUCUCCAACAUCCAGAGACACCAGGGAGGCCGCUACUACUGCAAGGCUGAGAACGGCCUGGGCUCCCCGGCCAUCAAAUCCAUCCGAGUGGACGUCUACUAUUUGGAUGAUCCCAUAGUCACGGUCCACCAGAGCAUCGGGGAAGCCAAGGAGCAGUUUUAUUAUGAGAAGACCGUGUUCCUCAGGUGCGUGGCCAACUCCAACCCGCCCGUGCGCUACAGCUGGCGCCGUGGCCAGGAGGUGCUGCUGCAGGGCUCCGACAAGGGGGUGGAGAUCUACGAGCCCUUCUUUACCCAGGGAGAAACCAAGAUCCUGAAACUGAAGAAUCUGCGACCUCAGGACUACGCCAACUACAGCUGCAUCGCCUCGGUGCGGAAUGUCUGCAGCAUCCCGGAUAAAAUGGUGUCCUUCCGCCUCUCCAACAAAACCGCAUCCCCUUCCAUCAAGCUCCUCGUGGACGACCCCAUCGUGGUGAACCCUGGAGAAGCCAUCACCUUGGUGUGUGUGACCACCGGGGGGGAGCCGGCACCCAGCCUGACGUGGGUGAGGUCUGUGGGGGUCCUGCCCAACAAGACUGUCCUGAACGGGGGCACCCUGACCCUUCCCGCCAUCACCUCCGAGGAUUCCGGCACCUACAGCUGCAUCGCCAACAACAAUGUCGGCAAUCCCGCCAAGAAGUCCACCAACAUCAUCGUAAGAGCCUUAAAAAAAGGACGCUUUUGGAUCACCCCCGACCCGUACCACAAGGACGACAACAUCCAGAUCGGGCGGGAGGUGAAGAUCUCGUGCCAGGUGGAAGCCAUUCCCCCGGAGGAGCUCACCUUCAGCUGGUUCAAGAACGGGCGGCCCCUGCGCAGCUCGGAGAGGAUGGUGAUCACCCAGACCGACCCCGACGUGUCCCCAGGCACCACCAACCUGGACAUCAUCGACCUCAAGUUCACGGAUUUCGGGACCUACACCUGCGUGGCGUCCCUCAAGGGAGGCGGCAUCUCGGACAUCAGCAUCGACGUCAACAUCUCCAGCAGCACGGUGCCCCCCAACCUGACGGUGCCUCAGGAGAAGUCCCCACUGGUGACGCGGGAAGGGGACACCAUCGAGCUGCAGUGCCAGGUGACAGGGAAGCCCAAGCCCAUCAUCCUGUGGUCACGGGCUGACAAGGAGGUGGCCAUGCCCGACGGGGCCCUGCAGACCGAGAGCUACGACGGGAUCCUGCGGAUCGUCAACGUUUCCCGGGAAAUGAGCGGGACCUACCGGUGCCAGACCAGCCAGUACAACGGGUUCAAUGUCAAACCCAGAGAGGCCUUGGUGCAGCUCAUCGUGCAGUACCCCCCGGCGGUGGAGCCGGCGUUCCUGGAGCUGCGGCAGGGCCAGGGCCGCGCGGUCACCAUGAGCUGCCGCGUGCUGCGCGCGUACCCCACGCGGGUGCUGAGCUACGAGUGGCGCCUGGGCGGGCGCCUGCUGCGCUCGGGCCACUUCGACCUGCAGGACUCCACCGAGUUCACCGUCAGCAGCCUCUCCCGCGACUCCUACGGCCUCUACAACUGCAACAUCAUCAACGAGGCGGGCACCGGCCGCUGCAGCUUCCUCGUCACAGGAAAAGCCUACGCCCCGGAGUUCUACUACGACACGUACAACCCGCUGUGGCAGAACCGGCCGCGGGUCUAUUCCUACAGCCUGCAGUGGACGCAGAUGAACCCCAGCGCCGUGGAUCGGAUCCUGGCCUAUCGCCUGGGCAUCCGCCAGGCCGGCCAGCAGCGCUGGUGGGAGCAGGAGAUCACGGUGAACGGGAACAUCCAGAAGGGGGAAUUGAUCACCUACAACCUGACGGAGCUCAUCAAGCCCGAGGCCUACGAGGUCCGCCUGACGCCCAUCACCCGGUUUGGGGAGGGGGACUCCACCAUCCGGGUCAUCAAAUACAGCGCUCCGGUGAAUCCACAUCUCCGAGAGUUCCACUGUGGCUUUGAGGAUGGGAACAUUUGCCUUUUCACUCAAGAUGACACCGACAACUUUGACUGGACAAAACAAAGCACUGCCACGAGGGACACUAAAUACACACCCAACACGGGGCCCAACGCCGACCGCACCGGCUCCAAGGAGGGUUUUUACAUGUACAUCGAGACAUCCCGGCCCAGGCUGGAGGGGGAGAAGGCCCGACUCGUCAGUCCCGUUUUCAGCGUCGCUCCCAAAAAUCCCUACGGAGCCACCAACACGGCCUACUGCUUCAGCUUCUACUAUCACAUGUAUGGACAGCACAUAGGAAGUUUGAACGUUUACCUGAGGCUCAAAGGCCAGACUGCCAUAGAAAACCCCUUGUGGUCCUCGAGUGGGAAUAAGGGACAGCACUGGAACCAAGCCCGGGUGAACAUCAACCCCCCCACCUCAUUCCAGCUCAUCUUUGAAGGGAUCCGUGGCCCUGGAAUCGAAGGGGACAUUGCUAUUGACGACGUGUCCAUUGUGGAAGGAGAGUGUAUGAAAUCAGACCAACCGGCCAACAAUCUACGAUCAGGUGCUGUUGGGCCAUUAGCACAUAUACGACUUCUCCCACUCCUCAUCCUCAUGUCUGUCUUAAGUCAUCAGAGGUGACCUUAUCCUGGCAGAGGCUACAAAAGAUUCACCAGGCACUGGCAUGAAGAAAGAGUCUUUGUAAAAUGGACAUUUCCAAACAAACUACCAAAGAUUCCUCCACUGACUGACUCGAAAGUUAAAUAAAUACGUAAAUAAAUAAUUUAAAAAUUUUUAAAAAAGCAGAUUAAGAAAGCACUGGGGACUUGAAAAGGCAUCACGGGAGUGGAACUCACUAAGAACCAAGCUUGAGACCGAGAUCUGGCCUAAGUAAGGAAGAGACCUUCAGGUGCUUUUGUGGUCACUGAUGAAUUUCAGCAUCAUCUGGUUGAACUCUCGGCAAAGAGCUCUAGAAACCCUUGUCAAAGCACAAAGUCAUGGCUGGUUUUGUUUCAAAUGAAUCGUUUGCUUGUUACCAUGGAAACCGAAUGGCCUGCCAAAAAAAAAAAAAGAGGAAGGAGAGAGAGAGAGGAAAUACAAACACACAGAGAGAGAGAGAAACACCUCACUGUAAACAGGGUACGUGAAGAGCUGGCGUUCAUUUUCCCUUCCCGAAGGUUUUUAGCGUAGAGUUAAACAAAUGUCGGCCCUUUCUGCUUCGGCUGUCACCUCCCCUCGAGGACAACCCGGAAUCGGAGCUGUUUGCAGACAUUCCCGUUUCAUUCCUCACGGCUCUGCUUGGUGACUGUGUGCUGUCUCCUUUUGCAUGCAUUCCCACCCAGGACGUGCCACCUGGGCUUACAUUUGUCACAGGCUUCACUGGGAGUUUGCUCGCGGCCGCUGGAAGAUCCCUCUCCCCUCCCCACCGGAGUCAUCAGCUCUACGGAAGUGAAGAAACCAAACCACCGUCUUUUAUAAAUUGCCAUGGAAACCAAGUGCCUUCAAUGAAACAAGCCUGAUUUCAAAAAAAAACAAAAACAAAAACAAAAAAACCGAACAAUAUAUAUAUAUAUAAAUAUAUAUAUAUAAAAAAAAAUUAUAAUAAAUGUAAUAACGAUGAUUUCGACACGGAAGCUUUGCACCGCUGAAAACGCGGGCUGUGCAAAGUCUUUUCUAAACAAACUCUGGAGCCUGGGUGUGCAGGCAAGGAGACGGAGCCGCUUCUGGAGAAGGAUGGAUGGACCUAAGCUGCUGUGGAAAGCCUUUGGGAUGAGAUCCGUGCUGUGUGACCUUGCAGACAGCCAUGGCCUUUCAGCUUCUUAUCCAUUCGAAACAGCUCCCGGCAGUGCUGCCCAUGGGAGCAGCACCUUUUGUUGUCGUCGUCGUCAUCGUUUCAGGUUCUCCAGUGGGUCAACCAGAGGAACAAAGGUGGUUCAGACACACACUUAGUGCAGAAGGUGGUGGAACACAGGAUGAUUUUCUUACUCUCCCCCUCCGUUGGGAUGACUCCCGACAUCUGGAGCUCCGGACGCUCCGAGGGGGGUCUGCCUCUGCCCCGGAGCCAGACUCGGUGCAGAGGGCGAAAGAUUAUUUUGUUAUUGUAGCGAAAUUCAAAAAACAAACAAACAACAAAAAAAAGUUAAAAAAAAUAAAAAGAAUCCACUUUUACAAGGAAAAAAAAAAAAAAAAAGCUGUACAAAAUGGGUUCAAGCUACCCGAACACGUGCCGGUUUUCCACUGCAUUGUAAAGUUCCCUUCCAGUUGGUUAUGAAAUUUGAUGACCUUUUUCCUUAAAUUAGCUCAGCUUUUAACUUCAUUUAAAAAAAAAAAGACUUUUGUCUAAAGAAGAGUAUUAUUAUUAUUAUAAUUAUAAUAAUUAUUAUUAUUAUUCUGUGUUCUCUCGACACCCUAGGAUUAAAAGCAAAACCUGAUAUGCAAAUAAUUGGAGUACAAACGUGAAAACAAACAAAAGAUGAGUAUAAUAAUUGCAAAUAUGAGUAUAAAAAGCACAACGAGAUGCAGUAAAACAAUGACAAGGCUUGAUUUUUUUUAUUCUGUAGAGAAAUGUUUGUGCAAAUUCAGUAAUUCCACUGAAGAGAUAAUUUUCCAGCUCUGUUCAAUAAAGCCUCUUUCCAGGUAAGGCAGCCCCGUGGUGCGUGUGUUUGUUGAGACGCUGGCAGGGCUUUCCUUGGUCAGCUGCUGUCACCUGGAGUUGUACUGGUCCAUACUGGUGGUGCCUGGGGGCUGGAGCAUUCCCAGGAUGCUCUUGGCUCCCUGGUUUUUAGGCAUUUUUGGUGUCUUUAAGUUCCUGUGCUUGGAAAAUAGUGGGAGCUCCAAGUCAGGACAUUUUCAGAGAAUCCCAGGAUGGUUUAGGUUGGAAGGGACCUUAAAGCUCAUCCCUGGAAUCACAGAAUAUUCUGAGCUGCAAGGAUCAUCGAGUCCAAAUCUGAACUGAAUGGUCCCUGUGGGGAUCGAACCCACAACCUUGGGGUUAUCAGCACCUUGCUCUGUUUGGAAGAAAGUGGGAACUCCAAAUCUGGAAUGGACUGUGGGGUUUGGAAGAUGGUGGGAGCUCCAAGCCUGGAUGGACUGUGGGGUUUGGAGAACAAUGGGAGUUCUGAGUGUGGAUGGACCAUGGGGAUUGAAAGAAAGUGGGAAGCUGCAAAUCCAGAUGGACGAUGAGGUUUGGAAAGCAGUGGCUUUGAGUCUGAUGGACCAUGGGAUUUGGAAUAUGGUGGGAACUCUGAGCCUGGUGGCCUGUUGGGUUUGGAACACGGUGGAAGCUCCAAAUUUUCAAGGACUCUGUGGCUUGGAAGUCAGUGGGAAUUCUGAGUCUGAAGGACUGGGGAAUUUGAAAAAAAGUGGGAACUCUGAGUCUGGAUGGACUGUGGUGUUUGGAAGACUGCGAGAAUUCCAAGUCUGGAUGGUCUGUGGGGUUUAGAAGGAAUUGGGAACUCCAAGUCUGGAUGGUCUGUGGGGUUCAGAUGACAAUGGGAAUUCACAGCCUGAUGAACUGUGGGGUCUGGAAAGUGGUGGGAACUCUGAGUCAGGAUGGACUAUAGUGUUUUGAAGAAAGUGGAAGCUCCAAAUCUGGAUGGACCAUGGGAUUUGGAAGAAAGUGAGAGCUCUGAGCCUGGAUGAACUGUGGGGUUUGGAAGAUGUUGGGAAUUUUGACUCUGGUGGCCUGGGGAUGGUGGAACUCUUGAGUCUGGAUGGACUGAGGUGUUUGAUACCCUUAAUACAAAUCCCCAAAUUUCCCAUUGGAAGCUCUGGAUUUUAACUGUGCAUGGAUGGAUGGAUGGAUGGAGGAGCAGGUCAGGCAUGGUGAGACCCUGAGGCAGAUUUUUUUUGGAGGUUGGUGUAUCUUGGAACUCAGGAUCCAAACCUUGCCCUGCAUCUUCCCACGGAUGUCUCCUAGAGCCAUGGAACUGAGGGGUGAUCCAAGAGGCUUCUCCAUGGGUGAUUUUGGCAGGACUCCCUUUGGAAGGGCUUUGGGAGCCAGAGUGACUGUCUGUCAGUCACUUCCACAGAAUCCCAGAAGGUUUUGGUUGGAAGGGACCUUAAAUCUCAUCCCAUUCCAACCCCACAAGCAGGGACACCUUCCAUAGACCAGGAAGGAAAGGAGAACAGGAAGAAUUCCAUCGCCUUUAAAAUACUUCUCUGUUUUUCCCUCGAAUUUCCCUCGAAAAUCCCAACUGAACCUUAGGUGCCCAUUGGAGAUGAACAGCCCGGGCAGAGCUGUGGCUGCAGGGCUGGUGCUGGUGGUGUGAUGGGAACUGUGUGGGAAAUUAGGAUUUGGGAAGGGCCCUGUGAUUCCUCUUUGAUAAAGGAGUUGGUUGAUAAGGAACAGGAGAUCUUGCACCGUUGUUUGGAUCCCAAGCAAAAACUGCAGGUUGAAAUCCAUCUUUCCUCUUUCCAUUUGGAUUCUCCUUUCUCUCAUUCCCAUGGAACAUUUGAUAAAGAAUUUCAAUUGACAAAGACCACAGAUGUCUUUUUUCAGGGCAGAAUAAUCUGUGUGUCCUGAAAAUCCCAGGUUUUUGUGGGAAAGGAAAUGUAUUCCCAUGCCUGUUCCCAUUUUACUCUGGGCUGCAGGAGGUGCUAAGAAAAGCAGGAUUUUUUCUUCCAAAUGUUGAUUGUAGGAGUAGUUCUAUCUUCUUUUACAUUCCCAAAAUAAAACACUGAAAAGGAAAUGGGAUUUUACUCCAGGCCAGGAAUAAGAAGAACAGACUGAGAUAUGAAUUUCGUACUCUUGGUUAUUAUUUCAUGUUGCAUUUUGGACUGAAAAUUGAUGUGAAAAUGUUGGAUCAACCAUCAAAGGCGGUUGGAACUGACAGUUCCCUGGAAUUUGAAACCCCUCUGAUUCUGUUCUGGGGUAUCCAACCUUGAAAUGUCCUUGAUGGAUUUUUAAACUGGACAUCAAAUACUGAAUUGUGCAGCAACUGCAGUCCUUGGAUGUUGGGAAAAGUGGCUGGGUUUGAUGGGAUGGCUGCAGGAAUUAUCUGGCUGUUCCCAAAGCAGAGGAGGGUGGAGCACAGGAUAAGUUUUCCAGGUUUUUUCAGUUCUUUCUCAGGCUGAUCUGGGAGCAUAAGGAUGGCACUGGAGAACUUCCUCUUUUGUUUCACAAAGCACAGUGAAUGCGAAACCAUGGAACUGUAGAAUUAUGGAGUAGUUUGGGUGAAAGGGACCUUAAAUCCCAGCCAGUGCCACCCCUGCCAUGGCAGGGACACCUCCCACUGUCCCAGGCCCCAGUGUCCAACCUGGCCUUGGCCAGUGCCAGGGAUCCAGGGGCAGCUUCUCUGGACAACCCAAAUCCCACAUAAAAUCAUGAAACACUCGGAUCUCACCAUGCCACCAAUCCACCUCUUCUCCAGCCUGGCCUGGAUCCUGGAUGGGACACAAGGAGUGAUAAAACCAUGGAUUAGAAGGGAGUAAACCCAUUCCAGUGACACCGUGGAUGCACAAUUAGGGUUUGAAGGCCAGAAAUGCCUGGGAAUGCGAAAUUUCUUUUUAAUUUGGGACAGGAACUGCUGGUUCCUCCUAAAGUGGUGGAGCUGCACCUUCCAACCUCUGCAAGCCCCAGCCUCCACUGACCCCAGAGCUUUCCUUGACAUCCAGCACUGGAAUUCCUGCUGCAUCCACCAUGGAGAUGGAAUAAUCAGUUUUGGGGCGAUUGGGAUCCCCCAGACUUUAAAACAAAGUUGAUCUUCAUCUUCUUGUUCAUUGUCUCUUUUCCUGCCUAGACAGGACAGUGAAUUCCCUUCGUAGGGAGCAGUUCAGGCAGAAGGAUCUGAUUUUUUUUCCAUGCUGAGUGGAAGAGGCUUUCCUGGUUUUAUUUUGGGAGAGUUUACCUGCUGGGAAUGUUUAUUUUGUAUAUUGAAGGGUUAUUGAGACUCUCUUCCUCCCCCAGAAGUGUGUGAUCCAUCAGGAAAAUGGCUCUUUGGAGCACUUCCAUUAAAAAAAGGCUCCAGUUUGGAGUUACAAGCACUCCCUGCCUCUCCCAUGCUAAUAGAGAGAUUGGGAGACAUCUGGAAUAAUUUUUGGAUUUUCCCAUAAAACUAUCAAAGGCUAUAAAAAAGGUUAUUUUUACAUUUCAAUUUUUUUUUAUUUUUAUGUAAAAUAAGCAGCACUGCAGGAAUAUUCUACCCUUUUUACCUGCUCCACCACGAUUCCAGUGUCAGCCAGCACAGAAGGAAUGAAACCAUUGGAUUAUCCCUUGUGUGAAGGAAUUUAAGGACCUGCAGCUCCUGCAAUCCCACAUUCUUGGGAUUUACAGUGUGAAGAAGUUUUCUGUCAUCCGUCCCUAAACCCCUGACUGCGUCACCCCAGAUCCCAUGGGAAUGUUGGUGUAGGCGGGAAUUGUGCUCUGUAUGAUGAGAGAGAGGAGUGAUCAUUAACCCAAACACAGGGAAAUUGGGAUUGUACAUCCUGCUCUUCCCUGUUAAAAUAUUAUUUUGUUUUCCUUUGGAUCUGUCAGACUGGGGAGCUUGUAUUCAACACAUCCCAGAAUCCCAGAAUGGUUUGGGUUGGAAGGGACCUUAGAUCCCAUCCAGUCCCACCCUUCCAUGGGCAGAGGCCUUUCCAUUAUUCCAGUUUGUCCAAGCCCAUCCAACCUGGCCUUGGAUAUCUUGUGUGUCAUUAAAACCCAAGUGAGAACAGACUGAGGGAGUUACCAGAGAACUCGAUGGACUCCGUAGGUGUGAGGAGAAAUUCCCUCUUCCCUGAGCACCCCUCCUCAAAUUCCCGAAAACAUCCCAGUUCAGCCAUGACCCACCAGUCAUUUCCCAUUGGGAGCACCGUAAUGGAAUCAUGGAAUCAUUUAGGUUGGGGAUUAGCUCCAAGAACAUUGAGUCCAACCAUGCCCCAGCACAGCCAAGGCCACCACUGAUCCAUGUCCCCAAGUGCCACAUCCACAGGGCUCUGAAAUCCCUCCAGGAAUGGGAAUUCCCUGCUGCCCUGAGCAGUUGUUCCAACACCUGACAAUGAUGAAAUCCAUCUCAGAUUCCUGAUAAGAAACUGAAACAAAAACAGGACCAUUUGUGCUCCCUCUGGAUGGGCCUGGAUGGAUGGGAUGGAUGGAUGGAUCUGUGCCUCUCCUGCCUGGUUCCUCUGUGACACAUUCAGGUUGGAUGUCACCUUAGGGGACAUAUGACAGGUGAUUUACAACCGAUUUCCUUCCUUUUCCAGUCUCUGUAAGAUUUUUUUUUCCCAUUGAGAAGGAGAUUGGAAUGUUGAGUGCUUGGAUGAGUGAAUCUUGAGCUUUGCUCACCACCAAUGUCAUGGCUACAGCUGGAGAAACAUUCCUGCCAAUCCCUUGGGAUCCAGGAUUUGUGCAGGAAACUUCCACCUUCCACGGAUGGGAGGGAAAAGCAGGAUCACUGCAACAAUCAUGCCUAGAGGAAUUUUUGGAUGGAUGCGACCACAAAAGGGAUUGGAGAAACACAAAUUCUUGAGAGUAAGCAUGAAGAGCCUCAGCACCUUCUCAGGAACGCUCAGAUCUGCUGCACACUCCAACUGCAAAGGGGACAAACGUGGUAUCUGUGUCUGUAAAUACCCUAUAAAUACCUGUAAUUGGAUGUAUUUAAUGUAAAUAGAUAACGAGGACAUUUUCACGAUCUCCACUGUUGUACAGAACCCAAACUUGCUCUCUUAUUUUCCUACACCCCCACUGUAGAUUGAUUUUGGGUCAUUGUUGGGUCUGUAUCUGGUUGAGUUCCAAACUGCUCUCACUUUUACCUCAAGGGUUUCAUGUUCUUUAUGUACAUUUUAUAAAGAAAAAAAGAAACCACUCUGGAUUUUUGGGUACCUUUUCCA